GAGCUGCCUGCCUCGGCCUUCCACUCCAUCUGCAGCUCCGUCGAGUCUUUAGUUCUACUCUUAAACAUGUCAGCCCAGCCAGAACUAUGCAUGACAAACCUGAAGGCAGCUGUUUGCCUCCUGAUUGGGACCUACAAUAAAUAUGCCAGUGCUGAGGGCUGUAAGAAGACCUUAAACAAGAACGAGUUCAAGACUUUGAUACAGACGGAGAUGCCUGAACUGCUCGAGAAGUCAACGUGCGAGGUUGGGAUCAACAAGCUGUUCACAGACUUGGACCAGAACGGAGAUAAUGAGGUCGACUUCCAAGAGUUUGUUACGGCCGUAGCUGAUCUUGCCUGUUGCUACCACGAUCUCUGUUCCAAUGAGUGAACACUGCGACCGCACCCUUGGGUGGGGCCAAAUGACACAGAAUAAAUCCCUGUGGUGACUGUUUUGUUGAACAACUGAAUAAAAAUCACUAACUUAUCAUUUA